CUUGGAUGAAAAGUUGAAAAUAGUAAAUUGUUGUUCUGUCUAGAAUAGUGGUACCUGAAUUAGCUCUUCACCAACCCCAAAUAUCAAGAUGGCUGCCUGAGAGAAGCAUUUUGGGUCUCUUGUAUCCUUGGUGCAGCCUAUGAAGGAAGCUAGGAGCACCUGCAGAUUUGUCUGUCUUCCAACAAAUCAUCUGUGAGCAAAAUUGGUUGAUAGGUCAGGCUGCCCAAACCUGUCCUGUCCUCCUCUCUUCUUCCUGGCUGCAGGAAAAAUGUGGUUUUCCUGGUGAAGCAUUCUUGUUACAAUUGCAUGCCCCAUUAACAAUCUGAAAUGGGCCAGAGCUUCAGAUCAUGCUCAAGGUUAACAGAGGCUUUGCAACUUGCAGUCCUCCAGUGUUUCCCAUGGACUUCACAGAUGUUGAAGCAUCUGCUGGCUGCAGCAGGGCUGAGUGAUUCAAUCCAGAUGUUGGGGCUCUUGCUUUCUGCCACGAAGUUACAGGGUUUGCUGCUGGCUUUUGGGAACAGAGCAAGAAAAGUGCUUUUUCUGCCUCUAUCUGCAGAGCUGAAGCUCUCCCCCCGCUUUGUCAGCAGCCCUCCAUGGAUUUAGGAUUCUUCUUUCCCACGCUUUGCAGCAGCACUUCCUCUUGCUGGGUGGUUGAUCCCGUGGAGCCAGAUGGAUGUGACUCGGGCUUUGGGCAGGCAACAGCCCGGCACUUGGACAUCAUGGGCUUUCGGGUGUUUGCCAGCGUGCUGGACCUGCAGAGUCCUGGUGCCCAGGAGCUGCGCCGGAGCUGCUCAUCGAGGCUGACGCUGCUGCAGAUGGACCUGACCAAGACGGAGGACAUCCAGCGUGUCCUGCAGCACAUCCAGGCCCACACCAACAGCGCAGGACUCUGGGGCUUGGUGAACAACGCUGGGUUCAAUGACACCAUCGCUGACGCUGAGCUCUCGCCACUGGGCAAGUUCCGUGCCUGCAUGGAGGUGAACUUCUUUGGCUCCCUGGAGCUCACCAAGGGGCUGCUGCCCCUGCUCCGCUCUGCUGGCGGCCGCAUUGUCACCGUGAGCAGCCCUGCAGGUGACAUGCCCUUCCCCUGCCUGGCAGCCUACGGGGCCUCAAAGGCAGCCCUCAGCCUGCUCAUGGACACCUUCCGCAGUGAGCUCCAGCCCUGGGGCAUCAAAGUCAGUCUCAUCCUGCCCGGCUACUACAAAACAGGGACGACAUGUGACGCUGCCUUCUGGAACCUGCAGAAGCAGCAGCUGUUGGCCAGUCUGCCCCAGGACCUCUUGCAGGCCUAUGGCGAGGACUAUGUGGAGGAGAUCAACCAGCAGUUCAUCCAGUUCAUGAAGGUGGCAGUGGAGGACCUCAGUGCAGUAGUGAACAGCAUCACAGAGGGGCUUCUGGCUGCCAACCCAGCCGUGCGCUACUACCCAGGGCAGGGCCUUGGGAUCAUGUAUUUCAUACACCGCUACCUGCCCUAUUUUGUCCGAGACUUGUUCUUGAAAGGAUUCUUCAUCAACCCCAAGCUGCCCCGAGCGCUGCGGCGAGAACACCACAAUGAUGUGAAGAAGGCCUGACCUCGGCCUGCACUUGGCCUUCUCCCGGGCUUUCCAGGCACACCAGCCUCUGAGCGUGUGCAAAGCCAAAGGCACUGCCCUCCUGCACCGUGGGGGAAAUCAGCACUAGACGUUAAAAACCAAAUUUCUUUCCGAAAUCAGGUAGAUCUAUUUUCUAUUGUGCAAGAAUCAACGUUUUCUAGAGACCUUGGUUUUGUAUUUUUUCUAACCGUGCACCCUCCAAGAGGCCCAUCCCUGCCUGACUCAGCAGCUCUGCACCACAGGCUGGGAUGCACCUCUUUAGCUACCCACCACCUUCCUUACUGCUCUCAGAGCUGUUUGUCUCCAUCCCUCUUGGCUGGGUCAGGGCUGGGACCCUGCGGCCACUGCCUCCCUGCCACUCAUUACACACUCCACAUGCUCCCAACGCGUGCAGGGGCCGAGACCAGGCUGCCAGUGCUGCAGAGCUCUUCAUGAGAUGAACUAUGUGAUUGUCACUUUUUAAAUAAAUCCAUUAUUGAUAUUCCA